GCUAAACGCCGAACACAACUCUAAAGCAAAAACAUCAUCGUUGAGAACAUUGUGUUGUGUUGUCAGAAAACCUAAGAAGAAGAAAUGGAAACUAUGUGUUUAAAAAGUGGGAUAGUUCCCUCGAUCUCUAUUGGUGGAUCUCUGGAUGCACGUGCCAACCCUUCUCAGGUGAGAACGGUGGCGCGCUCCGCGGCGGAGAAACCCCCGCAGACGUCGGUGUUUUCCAGAUUCUCUUUUCGGUUCCCUUUGGAAUCUCUCUGGCCGCGGCCGCGGGGAGCUGGGAAUGGCAGGUACAGUGGCCUGGCCCUUGACGACGCCGUUUUGGUGGAGAACGGUGAAGGGAAGGACGUUAGAGACGACGGCGAGGAUGACGGAACGAAUGGCCCCGAGGGGCAGAGUGAGAAUUGGGUUUUGAAGAUUUUGCACGUGAAGUCUGUGUGGAAGGGGGAACAGGGGAAUGAAGAGGAGGCCAAGGCCAUUGAUCAAACCAAUGACGAUGAGGAGGUGUGUAGUGAUUGCAGGGUUGAUUACGAUGAUGAUGACGAAAAAGAUGUUCAAUUCGAUAGAGACUCAUUUUCCAGAAUGCUACGGAGGGUGUCGUUAGCUGAAGCCAGAUUGUAUGCGCAGAUGUCACACUUGGGGAACUUGGCAUACGCUAUACCUAAAAUCAAGCCAGGGAAACUCUUAAAACAUUAUGGUCUGCGUUUUGUAACUUCAUCAAUAGAGAAGAAGGAAUUGGCAGCAACAGCUGAAAAAAAUCCUCAGGAAGUUGAAACUAAUGAGAAGGAAGAAGAAGAAGAAAGAAAGGAGUUGAAGAACGGUGGAUACAAGAUAAGUGCAACUGCUGCUUAUAAUAUCGCUGCCUCUGCUGCCUCUUAUCUGCAUUCUCAGACAAGGAGCAUACUUCCAUUCAAAUCUUCAAAUGCUGUGGCUGGUGAAGGUUCACUUGAAGGAAGCAACGAAAGCCUUGACAGUGUUAACAUGUUAAACACAGAGGUGGCAUCUUUUAUGGCAACUACUGAUUCAGUGACUGCAGUGGUUGCUGCAAAGGAGGAAGUAAAGCAGGCUGUUGCAGAUGAUUUAAGUUCAAUACGAUCCUCACCCUGCGAAUGGUUCAUCUGUGAUGAUGACCAGAGUGGUACAAGAUUUUUUGCUAUUCAGGGUUCUGAGUCAUUGGAAUCCUGGCAAGCAAACCUACUUUUUGAGCCAGUUAAAUUCGAGGUGUUGGAUGUCCUUGUACACAGAGGUAUAUAUGAGGCUGCUAAAGGGAUAUAUCAACAAAUGUUGCCAGAAGUUCAUGCUCACCUAAAAUCUCAAGGUUCUCGUGCAACUUUCCGUUUCACCGGGCAUUCUCUUGGUGGAAGCUUGGCAUUACUUGUGAACCUCAUGCUGUUGAUAAGGAACGAAGUGCCAAUCUCCUCGCUACUUCCUGUGAUAACUUUUGGUUCCCCAUCCAUCAUGUGUGGAGGCGAUAGUCUGCUAGAGAAGCUAGGAUUACCGCGGAGUCAUGUUCAGGCAAUUACAAUGCACAGAGACAUAGUACCACGAGCAUUUUCUUGCAAUUACCCUAACCAUGUGGCAGAACUACUAAAGGCUGUUAAUGGGAACUUCCGCAAUCAUCCAUGUCUCAAUAACCAGAAGCUCCUAUAUGCACCAAUGGGUGAACUACUGAUUCUACAGCCAGAUGAGAAAUUCUCACCAAGGCAUCCUCUCCUUCCAUCAGGCAGUGGUCUAUAUCUUUUGAGUUGUCCUUUGUCAGAAUCCAAUGACACAGAGAAGCAGCUCCGAGCUGCUAAGUUGGUCUUCUUGAACUCACCUCAUCCACUUGAGAUAUUAAGUGACCGAAGUUCUUAUGGUUCUGGAGGGUCCAUACAAAGAGAUCAUGACAUGAAUUCCUACUUAAGGUCUGUGAGAACUGUGAUUCGUCAAGAACUUAACCAAAUCCGUAAAGCAACAAGAGAGCAACGGCGCAAGGUGUGGUGGCCUCUUGUGUUACCACGUGGAGAUGAGGCCACUAUUUUUGUUGGGAGGUCAAUGGUACCAGUCAAUACUGGUCAACGCCAGUUCCCCUUCACUGGCAUGGUACAAACAGGGAGAGAGUCCUUGAAAAGGUUCAGUAGGCUUGUUGCAUCCCAACAUAUGCAUUUGUUCGUGUUACUCUUACUCCCUGCACGGCUAUUACUCUUGGGGGCAUUUAGUGUGAUUAAUAGAUGAAUGUAAGAUUAUUCAUUAUUUAUCGUGGUGGACAAUUGUAUAGGGUGAGAGCAAAUGAUUAGUAGGACGUUAGAUUAUUCUUUAUUCAUUUUCAAAAUUGAAAGUCAUAUUCUGUCUCUCAUGAAUGCUGCUUGUAGAGGAAUAUUGCUCAAAUAUUA